AUGCGCCGUCGUCGGUUGAUCCCCUUCAUAACGCCCCCCACGUACGCUCGUGUCAUUAACAUGAACGCGUUCACGGCGCCUAGCCCGUUCUCCGUACCAUUCUCAACAAGCAACGCAUCUGAAAACCUCGGCUCUCGAGGCAGCGCUCACUACCUGCACUCUCGACCUAUUCCAGCAAACCACCCUCCAGAAGCGUCGACCAACUCGCUACCCCCCUCGCCCUUCCUCGACAAGCCCGAGGAUGCAGAACUUGACACCGCGGACAAGGAAACGUACUAUAGCGAAGUCCCGUCCCUUCCGAGGAAGCGUCCUCUUCACACGCGUCCGUGGGUCAUCGCGGUCGCUGGCAUCGUCCUCGCCGCCAUCGUCGCCCUCGUCGUGUACGCUGUAGCGUCCAGCCCGCACAAGCACGGUCCCGCGGGCAACAAGAGCAGCGACUCCCAGUCUGGUGCUCCGAACGACGUCGGGCAGUCGAGCGACAAGCCAGCUCCAUACGUAGAGAUCACGACUGGCGGCGACGGAAGCACGGUCACGAAGGAGGACGGCUCCACGUUCACCUACCACAACUCUUUCGGCGGCUACUGGGUGGCCGACUCGACGAACCCCUUCGACAACGGCGCGCGCGCGAACUCGUGGACGCCCGCGCUCAACCAGACCUGGACGUGGGGCAAGGACCGCAUCAACGGCGUCAACCUCGGCGGGCUCUUCGUCCUCGAGCCGUUCAUCGUCCCCGCGAUCUACGAGCAGAACCCGAAGGCCGUCGACGAGUGGACGCUCAGCACGGCGCUCCAGGGCAAGGGCACGCUCCAGGCGGUGCUCGAGGACCACUACAGCACGUUCAUCACCGAGGAGGACCUCGCGCAGAUCGCGGGCGCGGGCCUCAACUGGGUCCGGCUCCCGAUCCCGUUCUGGGCGGUCGAGGUGUGGGACGACGUCGGGGUGGACGCGGACGGCCAGAAGGUCGCGGAGCCGUUCUUGGCGAAGGUCUGCUGGAAAUACGUCGUACGCGUGCUGCAGUGGGCGCGCAAGUACGGCCUUCGUGUCCUGCUCGACCUGCACACUGCUCCUGGCUCCCAGAAUGGCUUCAACCACUCUGGCAAAUCCGGCGCGAUCAACUGGUUGAACGGCGUCAUGGGCCUCGCCAAUGCACAGCGCUCUCUCGACGUCAUCCGGUCCAUCUUUGAGUUCGCUUCUCAGCCUGAAUGGCAAGACGUCGUCCCAAUGGUCGGUGUUCUCAAUGAACCGUACCAAGCCACAGUUGGCGGGGAUCAGCUGCGCUCUUUCUAUUAUGAGGCUUAUAAGAUGGUCCGCAACAUCACCGGCGUCGGUGAAGGUAAGGGACCUGUCAUCGCGUUCCACGAUGGUUUCAGUGGGUUCCAGCAAUGGGCCGGCUUCCUGGAGGGAGCGGACAGGAUUGCGAUCGAUGACCAUCCCUACUUCGCGUUCGGCGGCCGCCCAAACCGAGAACUUGUGAACGUCACUGCUGACGGCGGCGACGGAACCCUCAUGGGCGGCCCUUGGCCCAAGGACGCCUGCGGAUGGGCAGACAGUAUCGCUAGCAGUCGCACAGCGUUCGGCAUCAGCUUCGCGGGCGAGUUCAGCAAUGCCAUCAACGACUGUGGGCUGUGGGUCAUCGGCGUGGACGUGCCCGCGACUUACGGGGCCGGCUGCGACUACUGGUCGGACGCAUCGCGCUGGUCGGACGAGACGAAGCAGGGGCUCAUGAACUUCGCGAUGGCGUCCAUGGAUGCGCUCGGCGACUGGUUCUUCUGGACGUGGAAGAUCGGCAACUCGACGACGACGAACACCGUGCAGGCCCCCCUGUGGUCGUACCAGCUCGGGCUCGAGGGCGGCUGGAUGCCCAAGGACCCGCGCCAGGCCGCCGGCACCUGCGCGAAGUUCGGUGCCCCCGUCCCCGCCUGGGACGGCGCGUUCCAGCCGUGGCAGACGGGCGGCGCGGGCGCGGGCCAGAUCGCCCCUGAGGCGGCGCAGAAUGUCAUCGCGUGGCCGCCGCCCAAGCUGCAGAACGCGGGUGGGGGCGGGGGCCCGCUGCCGCAGUACGCGAGCAAGGGCACUCCGGUCACGCUCGCCCCGCCAACGUUCCCCGCCACCGCGACGGUGAAGGUCGGGAACGGGUGGGCGAACCCGCAGGAUGACGGGCCGGCGGUUACGCCCAUUCCUGGGUGUGCGUAUCCGAACGCGUGGGACGCGCUCGAGGCGCAGGCUCCGGACGCGGGAUGCACGCCUGAUGAUGCAGGUGCUGCUCCUCCUGCGGACGGCGCUGACCCUGCUGCUACCCCAGCCCCUGCUGCCUAA